AUGGGAGCAAGAAUGACACAAAGCAUCAACCAUUUUGAUGCUGAGAGGAGGACGAAUGGUCUCUUGUCUCCUUCUAGCGUUUGCAAGGAAAAGGAGCAAGGGGGAAACGAGGAGGACAAGGAGGAGGAAAAACAAGAAGCAGACGUGGAAAAGAAUGAGGAGAAGCAAGCUAAAAAACCAAAGAAACAUCAUGAUACAAAGGAAGUCAACGCGACAAGGGGGUCAGAAGGCGCGAAUCGAUGCGGAAAAGGAGACGGCAUCCCAAAAAGGCGGAGAGGGGAAGGAGAAGCGAAAGCAAGAGGGACCAAGGGCGGACCUGGCCUCGCGACGCAAGAGGUCUCAAAACAGGACCAGGAUAAACAGACGCCACAAGUGCUGUCAAAUGCGUGCGUACACCUCAGUAGCAUCGCACGCGUGUCUCCGCUAGAGUUGUGGAACCCGAGCCUCUUGAUUGACCAAGCCACUCUCAACCUCCCCUGGCGCGAUGCCACCGGUACCGGGCACAGGGACACUUUCCCGCGUCCUGGGACAGCAUUUUUACUGCAAGGCCCAGAUCCGCACGUUGAAGUGGCGCGAGCCCGUGGGCUUGUGGAGCUGGCCCGCUGGUUCGUGAGUACUGCUCUGAAACACGCCACUGAGCACCCCCGCACGGAGGCAGGAGGGUCGCCGCCACAGGCAGCAAUCCUCCAUCGCGCAUUGCAAGCGUGGCGAUGGAACAACAAGGUGGUGGAGGAGAGGGGAAGGGUGGACAGCAAGGGAGUGAAAGGCUGGAAUGGAAAGGGCCCGCGGCCCCGACUUAGGGACCCCGUCUUGCCGGGCUCCUCCGCCUGCGAGCGGGACUUUCGACUGGCCAAGUGCCUGACGAGCCGCGAGAUCCAACUUCCCCCCGAGGCGGCCGUCGAACUCUGCGAAGCCCUCGGUCGAAAGGCCCUGACCCUCCUCUCCUCCCUCCCGUCUUCCUCCUCCCUCCCUUCCUCCGCCCCUCCCCGUCGCCGUGCAAGUCGGCUAGAUCACCCCCCGGUCCUCAGGAGCCGCCGUCACGCCCCCUGUCUGUACCUCCCUCUCUCCUCCCUGUCGCCUGCCCGUCUGGCCCUCUUGGAAGCGAACGAAGCGCUCGAGCUCUCUUUGCUGAAAGGCCAUGCCUUGCGGAUCAAUACAAAACAUUACCAAAAGCUCAAGGCUCUGUACAUUCAGCGACCGUUCCACCCGGCGUCCUCCCCGCCCUCGGCAUCGCCCGCCCCCGUCCUGUCCUCCACCCCGUCCUCCUCUUCUUCCUCGCCCCCCUUCCUCUCCGCAGCCCAAGAAGACGAGUUCCACGAACGCCUCGGCUGCCUCCUUUUCAGGUACCAGGCCUUAGCGGCCACCGCUCGAGACUCCCUGGCCUCGUCCUCCCUCCCUCCCUCCCUCCCUACCUCUCUCCCUUCCUGCCCCGUCGCCGACGACGCGGAUGAACGCGCGUUGCCCCCCCGAGUCUACGAUGUGCUCGCUUCUCUCUUCCAAGUGCGCAUGGAAUGCUUCGCAUCCCCCUUCAAUUGCCGCUACCGCACGUAUUGCUCCAGUCAGAGGGAGACGGACUGCUGGUUCGGAUCGGUUGGUUCCUUUUUUGAAUUCCAACCGUUGACGGGGAUGUUUCUCGCACACCCGCCCCGCGCCACCGAGGUGGUACAAGCCAUGAUCAAGCACAUGGAUUACCUUCUCUCGCGCUGUAGUUCCUCGCGCCUUCUAGGCUUCUUCGUCGUGUUGUCCUCCGGCUUGGUCUCCGUCGACUCCUCCACGGCAACAACUAUCCGGAGCCCCCCCCCUUUCUCACCAUUCCAAGCCUGGUCGAUACGCGUAGCCGCCACCGAUUACGCCUUCAUUGCAGGCAGUGACUACUAUCAGCCGCGUCGUUACAUCCAUUCGGGGUCGGAUGACAGUGAUGGACUCGAUGAUCUCCUGCUUGUCGCCCUGCUCUCUCCUGCGGCAGCUGCAGACCCUGCCUACCAGCUGAAUAGUACGCGGGAAGAAGAG